AUGUCCGCGAGGCGGCGCUUUUCCCAGCCGCAGAUCUUCUCCUCCUCCAAGGCUGCCAACGCGGCGACCAACAAUUCGUCACCGGCUCUCCCCUCUUCGGACUCGUCACUGACGUCGGCUCGUUCCGACGCGGCCACCACCGUCGCUGGCCCCACAGACCGCGCACCGGUCGAUGACAUUUGUCUCAAUCCCGACCUGUCGACCGCCAUCUCCGAUCGUAUCACCCAGAAUCCCCUGUUCUCGGCCUUCGGCAACAUCACCACGAUCUAUUCGCCCAAGCAACAUGAUGACCAUCUGUCCCCCAUGGCGCCCGGCGAGGGCGAUCCUGUCGGGCUGCAGUGGCGGCGCGAGGGCUCGUCAGAUGCUGACGCCUCGCCGCCGGUGCCUCGCUUCUUCAGCAACUCCCUGACCGAUCACUCCAUACAGGGGCACAUGGCUCUGAACCUCACGGCACAGGCCAACGCCCAGGUUCUCCUCCAGUCCUACAUCGACAGUCUCAAGGCGGCGGGACCCAUGGCUGCGAUGCGCGAUCAGCGGCCGACACAUCCACCCGGGGCGCUGACGGCUCGCCGGCGACGGAGUGGCAGUAGCCCACCAGCCGCCUCGGCGGCCUCCACUCCGGUAACCUCCUUCUCACCUGAAGCUUGUCCCUUCGUCCGGAGCCGGGCCCAUUGGCGGCAUCUGGCUUCGUUGUUGGACACCGAGGGGGAGGAUGCCUUUCCGGUGGAUCCGCAGGACCUAUGCAGCUCCCCCCCAGGAGGUGGAAUUGACUGUGUGGCCUGUGCCCUGGCCCAAGACCGGGGCGCUGCUCUUUCCACACCCGGUCUCCAGUCUCUGGCUGUGGCUCUGCGCCCGGACCUGAUUCACCGCCUGGCUGCCAUCAACCAGCUGGCCCAGGUGUUUAAGCUCGCCGGGGCCGGGUCUCCUUCUUGGCAUGAGCAUCACAGGCGUGUCGAUGUGAGCUCCGACACGCACGGGUCUCGAUGCACCUGCUCCAGCAGCGCCGAGUGCGCCUCCCAAGGGCCGGUUCUCCUGGCGGUGCAUGAGCUGCGCGCAUUGAUCCUCGGCGCGCGGGCUCUCUUGAUCGAUGUCGAGGAUCCACAGCUGUCCGAAAUGGCGCCUGGCUCCCCGGGCGCCCCGGGCAGCCCCCUGAAAAUGGCCCCGUCGCGUGGGCGCAUGGGGACGGAUCUCCGCGGCCGAACCACGUCCACUCGUCUGGCGGUGGCCGGUGGCCCGGGAGGUGGCCCCGGCGGUGGUCCUGGCGUUGGUGCGGUGCCCGGGCCGCGGGCUGGUCCCGGCGGCCCAGGUCGACCGGCCGACCCGGCCGGCCCCCCCGGCGCUGGGGGAAACCCCUCUGGCGGCUCGAGCUCCGGUCCUUCGGCAAGCUCGGCACCCGGGGCCGAUGGCCCGGCCCUGGGUGGGGGCUUGGCUGGCCUCAGUACUCGAGCUUGUGUGUACCGCUUUCUCCGGCACUUGUUCCUGGCGACGCUGCUGUCCUCGGGCUCGGCCGGCCAGGGGGCCGCGGCCAGCCAGCCUGCAGUCGGCGACCUCCGGCCCGGGGCCUCGAUCGCAAGUGGCGAUGCUGUGCGGUCGACCGAUGCCAAGACCGGGCUCGGGGCCUCGCGCGAGGUCCGCACAGCAGCAGCCCCAGCCGAUGUGGCUCAGCUCCUUUCGGCCCACCACCUGGCAUACCCCCUGAUUCGGUCUUUGCACAAGACUCCCCGCUCGGAUUCGGAGCGCGAGCAGGCGCUUCGCCUUGUUCGUGCCUGGAUCACCGUCAACUCCGACGUUCCCGCCGUGCCCGUGAGCCUGGUUUCCACCAUCAUCUCCCUGGCCGAGUCCACCACCGAUGAGCAGCUCCGGUCCAUCUCACUGGCGUCCAUAUUCGAGAUGCUACUUACCAAUCCGAUUGCGCUGCUGGCCAGUGGUGGUUCGCGACUGCUGCUGGACUCCUUGGGGUCCCAGUCUCUCGCUUACUGCUCCCCGGUAUUGGGCAUCUUCACAUCUGCACUCGACCGCCCGGAAAUUCGCAAGAUUCUUCCCCUCAGCAUGGGCGUCGACGCUCUCUUUUCCAGCCUCUCGGCCGAUGUUCUCUUCUCUCUUGGGGAGUUCCCACCGCCCGGAGCCGCCGGCCAUGCGGGUAACCGUGCCGCUGGGCGGAAUAACGCCCCUGGCCCGGCGACCGGACGGAAUGCCCCAACAACGACCGCCGGCCAAACCCUUGGUCCGCCCUCUCCUGAGGCACGGCUUGAGUUUGGGUGUACCUCCAUUCUUUCACUUCUUCGCACAUGGGUCGGCUUGAUGUUCUCCGCCGGAACGCGUGUGACCACCCCCCUGCGACCCGAGGACUUGCUGCCACUCCCCGAUUCGGGACCCGGCAUCUCUCAGGGGCUUGGCGAUACUGGUGUUGGCAGCGGUCUGGACAAGUCCGGCGCCAUCGGUGUCGGGAGUGCAGGCACACCGAGCACCCAUUUGGCCACGCUGGUCGCGGCAUUGCGGCUUCCUCCCCACUCGGCGACCCUUUCCCUGCGCAAGGCGCUGAUUGGCAUCCUCUUCGCCCUUUUGCGCCUGCGCCGUCCCCGAUGGUCGACCUCCUUCGAGGAGUCCCUGGCGUCCCUGGGGCCGCUGCCCGAACAGGCGGACCAUCGUGGCUGCCCAGUGGCGGAUGCCGGGAAUUGUGGCGGCUGGUGUGCCGAGUGGCCGGCUGCCCAUUGGCCCGGGGACAUUGCCAUCGGUGUCGGCCAGUCCGCCGACUCGCACUGCCUGGCCUGCUCUCGGGCCCCGAAGCCAGUUCUCCCGGUUUCGGCCCGUGCUGGUCCCCGGUCAUCCGGACGUCUGUCCGCCUCUGACUCGACUGCCCCGAGUGGUGACCAGACCGAAGUUCUGCACAUCUGCCCGAGCGUGCACCAAAUGCGCGCGCUACAGGCCCCCGUGCCGCCGUCACUCGCCGCACAACAUGUCGAUCCGGCCCUCUCGUAUCGUGCACUAGUUUUGUCCAGUCUGCUGGAGGCGGACCUGGUGGAUGCCCUGGUGGAUGCUAUUACCGCGGCACCGGCUUCGACCGGGUCACUUGCCGGGGGAGUGGCCUCAGCCGGGCCAGCUCCACCGGCAGGGACCCGCGGUCGGGCCCCCACUUCGGCUUUGGCCCCGGCCGGUGCCGAAGACAUCGAGGAGCGUUCUCUGCGCGUCCAGGCGACCCUGCUGUUGGGCGAAGUGCUUCGCCUGGCCGAAAAUCUCCUGCCCGGUCCUGUGUCGGAGGCCAUCUCCACCCUGCCUCGUCUGGUGGCCAUGAGCGCCCUGCCCCACGCGUCUCCCUUGGUGGAGUCGGGCUUUGAGGCCUCCUGGCCGAAUGGUUCUCAGGCACCGGGGGCAGGGCCCGCGAUUGUUGCCCCGCGGUCGGGCAACGUCGGGGCACUGGGCAUGGACUUCGGCCUGGCCGCCGAUGUACCAGGCCUCGGUGGCACUGCGGCCUUCGCUCCGCAGCAUAACCAUCCGCACCUGCGGUCGGUGGCGCUGGAGGCCUGCGCGCAACUGGCACGGCACCGGCAGGUCCGCCAAUCGCGCCAGCCUCGGGCCACUCCCUUCUCCGUGGCCAUUGCCGCAUCUUCGCGUUGCGGGCUGGACCCCCUGCUCCGCCGGCUGGGCCCCCACCAGGCGCUUGUUCGGCAUCCGGUCUUCGAGCAGGUGCCCUCCUCUGGCGCCGGUCUCGCCGCCGGGGGGACCGUAUCUGCCCUGUCUGGCGGCGUCGCCACACUGUCCUCAGUGACCCUGGCCCCCGGGGCGGCGGCCCUCGCCCCCUCGACAGGGCCCAAUGCCUCGGCCAGUGGUGCAGCUGUCCCGCGGUCACCCACCUUCAGCCCUGGGGCCGGGUCGGGGAUUGGCACCGGGGCGCCCUCCCUCUCGGCUCCCGGGCUUGGGGCCGGUACCGGCAGUGCCAGUGGCAUCAACCUGAUUGGCACCGGGGCGGGUCCCGUCGGGAAUUCCGGGAUGCUGCCCGGUGCCACCGGGGUGACCAGUGCCGGUGGCGUGCCCGGUGCAGUGGGCAUCCCCGGUCAUGGGAGCGUGCCGGGGGCUCCGUCACCGGUGCUGCUCAAUCCCACCCUCGGCGGGGCCUCCCCACCGACCGGCGUCACUGGGGUCGGGCCAGUUCCGACGCUGGCCCCUCUGGGCAGCUUCCAUCCACUCAGUAGCGCUCCCUUCGGUGGUUGUCCCUUUUCAGCCACCGAUGGCGUGGUGUGUGCUCUCUGUCGAGCCGGGGCCCCGUGCAUGUCAGUUGCCAGCAGCACGGCGGCUGCCGCCUCAGCUGUGGCCGCUUCGACUGCAUUUAUGGCCGAGGCCCAGCUGAAGGGGCAUUUGGCGCACUUUGUUGCGGCCACUCGCGUAAGCAAGGAUACCCCCUGGUCCAAGUGGGACUGGGUAUUGAUUGGGGAAAUCUUCAAGAGUUCUCUGAUCACAGCCGAAAGCCUCGAGGGGGAUGCGUCCCUCCGUUCCAUGGUCAAGCAGAUCUUGCACUUCCUCAGCCCCUGGAAUCAUAUCUUCUCGGAAAUCCCGCGCAACUACCACGGCCCACUGGGUGGCCUGGACACGCCGCGUUUGCCCACCGGCCCGGGUGCUGGAUCGCGCCUCAGCCAACAGUACGACACGGGAACCGGAUCGACAGCUCCAGGUGCCGGUGGCCCGCCGGUGGUUGUUCCAGGCAUCGGCGGACGCAUCGGCGGUCGGAAUUCCUACCCCUCGUCGAGCGAUGCUGUGUCCAUCCCCCGGCCGGCUGGAGCCGUUCCCUUCCCGAUGAUGAGCCCCUCCUCAUCGUCCUUCUCCUCGUCUUCCAGGUCCUCGGCAUCACGCUCGCCGAAUGCCACGUCAGCGGCCGACUCGCGCGGUGGAUCUCCGCCAUCCAACUUCACACAGACCUCCUGCAACUGUGUUUUGGUUCAGGCCAGCCUCAUGCGCAGCACCACAGUUCAUCCGCAUCCAUUGGCCCCGGGGGUGGCGGUCAAGCCCGUCGCUCGGGCCUUCGGAUCGGGACCAUCGGAUCCGCUGGCCUCAAGCGCCGGACAUCGGACAUCGGCCGCGCCACCUGAUGCCAGUACCGGUUCCCGAGUGACCUGGGGGAAUCCCCCCCGGCGACUGUCGGUGUCGCGCUCCACCGACACGGAUCUCGGCGGGGCCGAGGCGUGCACUUCGCGCGAUGGAGCCACCGGCAGUGGCUCCGCCCCGGCAAAUGGCCACAAUCCGACCGGCUGCCAUGGGGCCUGGUUCUGCUCGAAUUCCAAUUGCUCACCUCGCGAGUGUUUCUCGCGCGACUCGGCGCCACAGCGGCCGGUGCCGAGCUCGUUCAUCAAAGUGGCUGGAUGA